CAUCCGGAAAAGCACCUUGAGCAACGGAUGCUCCGGCGGCGUCCUGCUUGGCGCUGAGCCGCUCUGUCUGCUUCCCUGCAGCUCCGAGCAGAGCCGGCUGGCAGAGCUGGAGGAGCAAGCCAAGAGUGCCAAGAAAGGGAUGUGGAGCGAAGGCACGGGCUCACACACCAUCCGUGACCUCAAAUACACCAUCGAGAACCCACGGCACUUUGUGGAUUCCAUGCACCAGAAGCCUGUCAACGCCAUCAUUGAGCACGUGAGGGAUGGCAGCGUGGUCAGAGCCCUCCUGCUGCCGGAUUACUACCUGGUCACGGUCAUGCUCUCGGGGAUCAAGGUGAGGUUUGGCUGUUGGUGUGUUGGGCAGGGGGUCCCUUCCCUCAG